UUUAUGUAUAUUUUUACCACCACCUUGGUUAUUCCUUCAUCAAUGGAUGUUGAUGGAUAUCCAUUUCUCGGGUUGGUCCACAAAGCUUUGGUCCACUGAUGAAGGCACAACUGAGGUUUCAUAGACAUUCAUAGGCUUCUUUUUGACACCCUGUUUUAAUAAUUGCAUGUUUUUCUUUGUUAACGUAGCAAUAUUUAUUAUGUGGCAUGUCCACCUUACAAGUCCUAUAGAAAUGUAUUAGAAUGAGCAAAUCAGCUGAAAAUAUUUCUCUGUGAUAAAAUUAAGAUUUUCUUAUUUUUUCUUAUUAUGUUUCAUUUUAUAAAGAGCAUGAAAACUCUUUUGGAACCCAUGAGCCUUUUACUCUCCACUGGGUGUCGUUAUUAGGUCUGUUACUCAAAAGCACCUACAAAACAAUCUGCAUAAAUGAAUUUUUAUUUAUUACAUACAGAGCAGCCACAAAGUGACCUAAUAGUCAAAAAAAGUAGAGGAUGUUCCCCCAUGACAACAGUUUUACCAUCCCAGCCUACUAACAUUACUUGGGCACCUGUUAAGCACUCUGAAAGGUUUGUUGGUUUGACGUAUUUUCCUGUGUCAAAUUUCUGAGAAUCUUUUUUUUUUUUCACCACCACAUAAAGUUUCAGGUCCUCAUGCUAAACUUCCUGUUAGCAGUAGUCUUUUUGUGGAAGAGCAUUUUAAUGAAAUCUGCAUUGGAGCUUGCCUUAGGUUACAACGAAGUACAGUUCAAUUAUCUGUAUAUCUUUUGUUUAUUUAAGUUCUUAUUUGGUCAAAUGUUUAUGCUGAAGUUGAAGUUUCUGUUCAUGGAUAUUUUAAUACUCAUUUUCCUAUGACCAUGUCGCAAGUGUUUAUGGUAUUUGCGCUAAUUGCUGCCUCUCUGUGCUACAGUGGAGACUGUUUAGAUAAAUGUUCAAGGCCCUUGCCUGAUAAUCAGAUGCUUACCACAACUCAAUGUUUGGCAGGCUAUUACAAGAAAAGAACUUGCCCAGAUUCAAAAGAGAUUCUCUGUGAAAAAUGUGGAAAGGAUAAAUACACAGAAUUUAACAACACCGUGUAUGACUGCAUGCCUUGCAAUGUCUGUAAAACAAAUGAGAUUAUUAAGAGUGAAUGUACAAAUCAAAAGAACCGGGAAUGCGCCUGCAAAGCUGGGCUUUACCUGAGUUAUGACCUUCCAAACUUGAGGAAUUGUGAAAACUGUACGAGAUGCAAAAACUGUAGCACAUGCCCUGAAUGUGAAGGCAACUGUGGAAGGGAAAUUUGUGGGAUUGGCUUGUUCAGGGAUCAAAUGGGGAAAUGCCAAUCAUGUGCUGAACACCAUUGCAUAGACAAGUCCUGUGAAUCCUUUUGUCACAAAGUUCCAGUUCCUACCACAAAAUGGAUUAUGGCACUUGUGAUCAUCCUGACCAUACUGCUGCUGCUUGGACAUUUUGCCCUGUUUUGCUUUGUAUGUGCAACCAGUAAGAGACGAGAGCUUUGUCGCUGGGCUCCCAAAAAGUAUGUGAAUGAAAGACCUAAUGAUCAUGAUGAAGUUCCACUAAACACUUUACCUGAUCAACCUGCAGGCCAGCUGAUUUAUCUGCCAAAGAACAUGAUACCUGGAAGUGUAGUGAAAGAUCCAGGGACAAUAGACUUAGACGGGAUUCGUCAAACCACAGCUUCCCUUGGAGACAUAAAAGAGCCGACCACAGCUGAGGCAGAGAAGGAGAUGUGGCCGGCCCCGGUGCUUUACACCAUCAUCAGACAGGUACCUGUGCGGCGUUGGAAGGAGUUCUUACGAUUGCUUUCCCUAACUGACGAUCAAAUGGAGAGAGUGGAACUGGAGGCAAGAGGCUCCUAUUUGGAGCUGCAGUAUCAGAUGUUGCGUCUCUGGACCCAGAUGAGUGGUGCUUGCCUGGAGAACAUCUACUCUACACUACAUUAUAUGGACCUGUCAGGGUGUGCAGAGGAUCUGAAGGAGAAUCUGCAGCAGUUGCAGGGCACCUUGGUCUAGGUGUGUCUGUGAACUUUUACCUCUCAUCAGACCCUCUGUUCUCACAUACACCGAAGCUGAAUGUUUGGAACAUUUUUUUUCAUAACAGAUAUGAAAUGAAUAAUAGGCAGCGCUGUUGAUUUCUAUGAUCUGAAAUGUACUAUAAAGUGCACAUAACGUAUAUUAGGAGACAACAGAUCAAAUGUAACAGUAAAUAAUUAUUGAACUAUAUUUACUUGCCACAGGUAUUGGGGCAGCACUCUAUGAGGACAAAUUUAAGCUAAUCCGCGUGAAGCCAUAAAGCUUCACCUACGUUCACUGGAGUUAAAAUGUCAGUUUAAAUAUCUUUGGUACUGAGCACCAGCUGGUGUUCUUUCUUUUUGAUACUGUAUUUGUAUUUAAAAAAAAGAGAGAAAACCACUUCAAUCAGAUCUGUAGGUUUUAAAAACCAUUAAAUGUUGAAGUAUUAUACAUCCACUGCCACAUAUGGUGGGCUGAGGGUGAAGUACAGUAUGUGACAUUUCUGAAAGUCACACUGGCACUUUACAUGCAUUUAUUAUGUUAUUCAUCUUUGGUCAUGUUACCUUGUUUAACUUUGAAUGUUUAUGUACUGUAAUUUGUGUAGAAUAAAUGUAUCUUAAAUGCA